AUGGAAACUCAAAAGGUUACGUUGAAAAGCAACGAUGAGGUAGAGUUCACAGUUAAUGUGUUAACUGCUAGUCGUUCCGUCUUGCUCAAAAAUAUGAUUGAAGACAUUGGAGACACUGAUCAAGUAAUUCCUCUUCCUAAUGUUAAAGAAACAGUGUUAAGAAAAGUGCUUGAAUGGUGUGAAUAUCAUGCAAAAGAUUCACAUUUAUUCGAUGACCAUGAUGAUGCUCAUAAGAAACUUAUUGAGAUUGAUGAUUGGGAUCAAAAAUAUUUGGAUUUGGAGCAUGAUAUGCUUUUUGAGAUUAUCUUGAAUGAUUUUACACAGGAAGAAGAAGAUCAAAUACGCAAAGAAAAUCAAUGGGCUGAAUGCAGAUGA